CGAACGGAUACACAAUCAAUCUCGAAAUUUUACUACAAUCUUUAAGCAUGACUGUCGAGAACCGGUUUGAGAAUACUCUUUCUGACAUCUUCACAGUUUACGAACACGCUGAUAAAGAGUCAUCAGUUUUAACUACAGAAGUAUUGCCUAGCAAAUUCCUUGAAAAUGAUCCUGCUUCUAUUUUGACCUCACUCAAAUCAUAUAUUGAUGGAAACAAGAAUUACACGAAGACUACUAUUUUAAAGAAGUACAACCAAGGUGAGUAUACCGGAUCCCCAUACAAGCUCUACCACGAUGUAAAGAUCGUAUCGUCCUCAUUGAUUUCACAACAUAAGGUUGGAACCAAGGAAUACAAGAAUAUUGAUUUCUUCUACAAGUUCAGUACCGAGAUCCUUUUGAGAGAAGUUAGCAGAAUUCACUUAUCAAUUUUUAAUGAACAUGUGGAAUCAACAGAGUUAGAAAGUCACUUGAAGCAAGAUUACACUAAGAUCUCCAAUACAUAUAGCUUGACCAAUGGAGAAGUGAUCACCUACGUUUCUAAGCCCGAAGAACCUGAGCCAACCUCAACCCCAUACUCCAACAUCUACGCGAAUCCAGUCCAUGUUCAACCUCCAAAACAGAACAGCAUUCCUUUGUUUUCAUCGUUAUUGGGCAAGUCGGAAGUUGACACCAACCCAACUUAUGUUCCCGAUCCUUAUUCUAUCUCCAAGGUAGUACCAAAUAGGAUAUCUCUGUCCAGAGCAUGUCUCACAUUUGAUUCCUUGUCUCCUGCUCUUCCAAAGUUUUUGGCUGGCUCCGAGAAUAGUCAAACUGAAAUUUUACAUGAUUUCUUUCACCCCUUGUGGUAUACCAUCCCCGUCCCCACUUGGUUGGACUAUAAGGCCGAUUUGAUUAAGCCUCCUACUGCUUUACCCAUCCAAAAUGUUGCUGUAUCUGCACCAACUUCCUCCGCAAUUAACGAAAAAGGUACUUCCAUAAAACCAACAUUGGCAGUCUUACAACAAAGAGGUAGUGGUUCAGAUCCGGCAUCUACAGUGGCAACAUUAAUUCAAGGACCAGGAGAUUCAUUCAGAUCUUUCGCCCCUAAUGUAGAUCUGAAAGAUGCUAUUGUUACUGAAGAGUUGAAAGGAAAAAUAUGGCUCCAUCAUUUAGGAUUCGCCGAAAUUGACCAAUUCAGAGCAAAGUACGAAAAGAAAGUAGAUGUUGCAUCUGGAGUCAGCAAAUCAGAAGAAGAAGAAUCUAAACUGGUACAGAAGCCAAUCGAUAAAAAGGAAGAAGUGAAGGACGAAGAUCCAAUGGAAGUUACAGAUGAGGUUACAGAUGAGAUCAACGUGAAGAACUUGGUUCAAUGGGACCCAGAACAAAUAGAAGUCUUGAAGUUCUUGAGAAGAGAAAAAGCUUCCAUCACCGAAUCUCCAAAAGCCUUGCAAAGGUUGAUCUCCACUCUCACAUUAAAGUUAAAUAAAUUGCGUCAAGAGAGAUUCCUCCAUGCUGAUGCCAAGAGCCAGUCCUUGCCUUCUUCCGAAGAAAUAACAACCUACAGAAAAAUAGAGAAAUUGGUCACAAUUGCUAUCAAGUUGUAUAAUGUGUCUCCUGGCGAUUUUCCAUAUCAGUUCAGCAAAAAGUUACCUGUUUUAACAACCGAAUACACCGGUGUCUUGCCUGGGAUUUCACAAAGCAAAAUUCAACCCAUGAUGCCUUCCAACGUCAACAGAAGAUUGCCAAGUAUAAGAGGUCCUUACAAGAAGAAAAACAGGUUCUAGAAAUAUUCCGUCAUUUCAUGGCUUUUGUAAUCUAUCGUGUAUUUUUAAUAAAACUAUAAUCAGAUAUCAGCACCAUUUGCGAAUGCAUAUAUCAAGUAGAAGUUCAAAAAGGUGAUCAACAGCCAUGUAGC